CUGUCAACAACGAAUUCCGUUUUUAUCUGUCAUUGCUGUAUUAUGUAGCAACUCUGAACCAUACUCGUAAACGUGUAUUACUAUAAUAUUUACUUAUGCUUUGAAUGGUUGUACCAGAUUUUUGUUAUCUUUGUUUUAGCGGUUUUUCGUUAAACAUUAUAAAGAUGUCUACGUCAGUUAGCAGGAUGUCUGGCUCUUCCAAUGUUUCUUUAAAAAGGCUGUUACCUUCUACCAAACUUAGAAAUUUAGGUAUGAGAGAACGACGGCAACUUGUUGGAAUAUUAAGUAUAAACGAUAGCUGGCGGGAUUUAGCUGGUAUUAUACGAAAUCCGGAUAAUCCAGAUGAGUACCUCUACAAAGUUCAUGAUAUUAGCUUUUUAGAAUCUCAGUGGAAAGCUGGUAGAAAUCCAGCUGAAGCUCUACUCGAUGACUGGAGUAUUACUGGUAAAGAACAGCCAGAUCUUAAUGAUCUAUUAAUGGUUUUACAAGAAGCACAACUUCUGAGAGCAGCCUAUUAUGUGCAAACUCAAUUAUUAAAAUUGCCAGAUGACACAAGGAAAGCUGAAAGUGCAUCUGAAGAUAUUGAUACAAUUUUAAAAUAUAAGUCGCAGUCUAGUAAUACACUUGUAGCUGAGGUGGACACUACAGUUAAAACACUUCAAGGCAUUGAUAUUAGUGAACUUACUGUAUUUUCAUAUAGUGUAUUAUCAAGAGCUACACAAGAUUUCUGCAAUUUAAACAUAGGAAAAGGUGGGUGUAAAAUUGGUGAAGGAUCAUUUGGGUGUGUUUAUAUAGCAAAUGUAUCUGGUCGAAGAGUUGCUGUGAAGAAACUAAAAGGAGAUGUUGAUAAGCAGUUUUUCACGGAACUAAAGAUUUUAGUUAGAUGUCACCAUGAAAAUUUAGUGCCUCUUUUAGGAUUCUCGAAUAAUGGUCCUAGAUGUUGUCUUGUUUACGAAUACAUGCCAAAUGGUUCAUUGCAAGAUAAUAGCAGUGUAGAAGAAAAGACACCGCCUAUACCUUCAGAUAUCCGUCUUUCCAUAGCAUAUGGCUCUGCCUUAGGUAUUAAUCAUCUGCAUACUUUUGCCGAAGAGCCUUUGGUUCAUAGAGAUAUCAAAAGUGCAAACAUACUCUUGGAUGCAAAUUUUGUUCCAAAAGUUGCAGAUUUUGGUUUAGUGAGAAUAGGAGAUGCAAACAUCUCAUCAACUGUUGCUGUUACACAAAAUGUUUGCGGUACUUCUGUUUACAUGGCUAGAGAAGCAUUUAAUGGAGAUGUUUCCGUUAAACUAGAUACAUUUAGCUUUGGAGUUGUCUUACUGGAAUUACUGACAGGAUUACCCCCAUAUGAUGCAUCAAGAGAAGACAGAGAUUUAGUCACAUUUAUGGAAAACUGUGAUGAUGUAGAUGAAGUUUUAGACAUGAAAGCAUAUUGGGAUCCUAUAAAAGCAGCAGAACUUCUGAGAAUUGCAGAGCAUUGUUUAACUAAUGCUAAAAAAAAGAGACCAACUAUAUCCGAGAUUUUAGAAGCUGAACGUGCUGUAUUGUAA